AUGGCAACUAUUCAAACGGAAUUUCUUGUGAAUGAGACAGUUGCACUCUUGCGCAUGACAGCCGGAGAUAACAGAUUUAACCACAGUUUUCUAAAAGAGUACAACAAAGCCCUUGACAACAUCGAAAGGAAUCCAUCGGUCCAGAUCUUGAUAACGACAGGUACUGACAAAUUUUACAGUAACGGACUCGAUCUGCAGUGGAUUUCAGAAUGGCCAGAAAAGUACUCGAGUUUUCGGCAGCUAUUGAAGCAGACUUUUAAGCGGCUUUUAACAUUUCCGAUGGUUACCGUCGCCGCGAUUAAUGGCCACGCUUUCGCUGGAGGCGCGAUGAUGGCAAUGGCGCAUGAUGUCCGGGUGAUGAAGUCAGAACGAGGCUGGAUCAGUUUAAAUGAGAUUCACUUGAAGAUGCCUCUUCCUGAUUGGAUGAUAGAACUUGUCAGGUGCAAAAUCCCGUCUGGUCCCGUAGAGCAGUUUCUUUUUGUCUUUGGUAAACGUUUCACCGCUGAUGAGGCCGUUAAGGAACGUUUAGUAAACAGGGUUUGUCCAGGGAAGAACCUCAUCAAAGAAGCUAUGCAACUUGGCUCAGAUAUCCUCGGGAAACAGACGUUUGACCGGAUGUGCCUACAACAGAUGAAAAUCCGGAAAUCACGCGGGCCACUGGAUCCGGUCAAUGCCUUCAGUUUGGAAGAAGUGAUUCACAAUCCUUGCACAGUGUGGACGCGUAUAGUCGUCCAUGAAGACAAAUCCAUCUCCAACGGUGGCUGCGUAGGGCAAAACAUGCUGUCUGAGGACUUGAGCAACGUAGCCAGCAGCGUUCAAGUCUCCCUCAAUAGGAACCAGAUCGGUCUUGCUUGUCAGACUGAUGCCUGCCCAGACCAUUACGCUGCCACCACCAAAGGCCGUUACUGGCUGAACGCAGCACUCUGCGUGCUGUUCACCCUUCCGAAGCCACACACAUCUCCUAGAGUCAACGUGACGGAGACACACACGCGUUUCGUUGGUGAAAAGAACUUUGCCCCAUUGCCGUCUAGUCCAUAG